GCCACAUUGAACAUCCCCCCAACUGCACCCCAACUUGCGCCGCAAUGUCCAAUCCUUGGAUCAAAUUCAUACGCACCGCGCUAACACACCCAAAGCACACGCCAUGGAUCCUGGCUUUGCUCUUCCUGGGCGAUGCGGCUCUAUGCGCGCUGGUCAUCUGGAUGAUCUCCUACACCGAGAUUGACUGGUCCACCUAUAUGCAGCAAGUAUCUCUCUAUAUAGCCGGUAAACGAGACUAUACUGCGAUCAAGGGCUCGACCGGACCUCUGGUCUACCCCGCCGCACAUGUCUACAUCUACACCUUGCUCCACAACCUGACCGAUGGAGGACGGGAUAUCCUCCUCGGGCAGAUCCUCUUCGCAGGCCUUUACCUUGCUACCUUGAUCGUUGUCAUGGCCUGUUAUAGACAGGUUGAGGUUCCUCCGUACCUUUAUCCGCUACUAGUUCUAUCUAAGCGGCUUCAUAGCAUCUUCAUGCUACGCUUGUUCAAUGAUGGUAUUGCGGCGUUCGCUAUGUGGGUGGCUAUUUACUUGUGUAUGAAACAGAAAUGGACCGCCGGUAUUGCGAUCUGGUCUUUGGGUGUCGGUGUCAAAAUGACAUUGGUCCUGCUCGUGCCAGGAAUUGCGAUUAUCACUCUGUUGAGCUUGGGGUUGGUCCAAAGCAUCGUCCUUGGUGCCAUGGCUGUCCUCAUUCAGGUAUUGCUUGCAAUCCCAUUCCUCCAGGAAAACCCAGUAGGCUACCUUUCCAAAGCCUUUGAACUAUCCCGGCAAUUCAUGUUCAAAUGGACGGUGAACUGGCGAUUUGUGGGUGAAGAAACUUUUCUCUCGAGAGAAUUCUCUUUGGGUUUGCUAGCCUUGCACAUUUCAUUGAUGGCUAUCUUCUCGACUGUAUGGGUGAAGCCAUCCGGGACGAACGUGGUCCGCUUCCUUUUGGGCAGCAUACAGGGCCACCAGCCACGAGUGGCACUCUCGAGGUCAUUCAUCAUGACCGUAUUGCUGAGCUCGCUAGCUAUUGGCUUGCUGUGUGCCAGAUCAUUGCAUUACCAGUUCUUUGCAUAUCUGGCAUGGGCCACCCCGUUCCUCCUGUGGCGUGUAGGCCUCCAUCCAAUUCUGAUCUAUAUCGCUUGGGCCCUGCAGGAGUGGGCGUGGAACGUCUAUCCCAGCACCAGCGCUAGUUCCCUGGUAGUGGUCUUGUCGCUCGUCCUGCAAGUGCUCGGUGUGCUCGUCAACGGGCUGGGCGAGGUGGACAGCAGGCUCAGCAGGGCUGGGGGGCGAAAGAAGGCGGGCGCUAAAUGAAAACCGAAUAGGGUGUUCACUUCAUAUGUAAAUAGUCGGAUUUUUCAUGCAUCGGAUUCAUCAGACGACGGCAUCAUUCCAACUCGAGAUUCUUCCUCCUCGGAGUCGGAGUCGGCAACAGCCACGGGCUGCUUGACGAAUUCCUUUGGCCUGCAAAAAGUAUGCCUAUUAGCCACUGAUGGAAUUAGAUCUAGAUCAACUUUGAACUUACCAGAAAGAAGCUUUCCUCCACGCUUUCUCAUCACGAACAAUGUUGAUGAUCUCCCCGCCAAUCUUAUUAUCCCGCUCCUCCUGUGCCUGGGUAUCAAUGACAACAUAUGAUCCACGUUUGAUCCAAAAGGUUGACCGGAACCGGGCAGGCAACUCGACGAGCAUUUGAGUCUUGUCGGCUUGUUCAAUCAGGUAAAUGUUAUUUCCGGUGGCCUUGAUUGCUCGGACAAUUUGUUGGGUGCUAGAUAGCUCGUCCGGUGGAAACAUCGUUCCUUCGGCCGUAGCCAGGACCUUUCGGCGAGGGGGAGCCAUUUCGAGGGUGAGGUGCUAGAUUUCAGUGUAGUCAAAGUGCAAUUGAGCUUUAAAAACCGUUUUGAAGCGCAGGUGGGAUUGUCAAC